UUCUUUUUUACUGAACCUUGCCCUCGCGGUCGUCUUCGUCUAUUAUCUCUGCAACCGAAGACCCUAAUCAAAUCUGCCAAUUUGCAUUCCAUCUCAAUGUUGAAGGUAGUCACUGCGUCCUCCCGCAGCCGCCUCACUCACCUCGCUUCUCCACGCCUCCUCCGACCAGCUGCAGCUCCUCCCAGCUCCGCCCGAAGUUCUGGUUCGUCGAGCCCCAAUCUCGGUCAAAGGGAUUUCCCUCUCACGGGUUACGUCACUCCUAGGCUCGAGGACCAUGCCACGGUAUUGGCGGUGCCAUGGACUGGUAGACCUCUGUUUCCCAGUAUGAUUACAUCUGUCAAUGUGCAGAAGCCAGCAUAUCGAGAAAUAUUGGAAAGUCGAGCGCCUUAUGUUGGUGUUUUUCUGCUCAAAGACGAGCCAAGCACUGAUUUAAAGUCGGAGAAAAGCACCGGCUGUCUCACAGGCAAGGAUCUCUUCAAUCGUCUUCACCAAGUUGGAACGCUAGCUGGGAUUGUGGAUGACAACGGUGGGGAUAUGAUUGCUGGUCAUGUGCUUGUUGGUCAUGGUCGGCUUCGGAUCACAGAGAUGGUCAGUGAAGAUCCUCUUAUUGUGAAGGUUGAUCAUCUCAAGGACAAGCCAUACAGCAGUGCUGACGGUCCCAAUUUGCCUACCGCAUUGGACCUUUUAUCAACCAUCUCCAUGAACCGUGUUCCUUUCAUCGAGCUCAUACGGAGGCUUGAUUUCUCGAGGUUGGCCGAUCACGGGGCUGCAAUCUCCAAUGGUGCAAACUAUUUGCAGCUACAGGAAGUGCUCGCAGAGUUGAACGUAAGUGACGAAAGAGUUUUUACCUACUUCGUAUAAGUGUGAUGUUUUCCAGUAUAAUAGAUAAGAACUACUUUUUUGCACAUAUGUUUCUGUGUUUCAGGUGCAUAAGAGGCUGAAACUUGCUCUUGAUCUGGGCACUAGAAGAAUCUGGGCUCGAAGACCUUGGAUCACAUUCUGUGGUAAAGGUUUUGACAGCGACGGACACCCCAACGAAGUGGAGCCGCUUACUUGAUUGGAUCUCGGAUCUCUUAUCCAUAUGACAUAUAUAAUUUUGUACAAAUAGCUAAUUGCUAAUGUCGGAGCAAUGCUGAACCAUAUUUCAAGCUGUUAAACUGGAAGUUUUAACCUCGUAUGUAGUAGAAAGUCGCAAUGUUGAUGAAGGAAAGUUAAGCCCGUGG